AGAGGUUAUAGGGGGCGGCCGCAGCCCCAUAAGAGCCAGGGAGCUCCUUAGGUGGCAGAGACCAGAGUGGCAGAGCUCAGCCACCAUGGCCACGGCGGUCCUCCUGGUCAUCCCCUUGCUGUGCACCACAGCCCUGACUGCCGACACCUGUCCAGAGGUGAAGCUGCUGGGUGUGGAGGGCUCCGACAAGCUCACCAUCCUCCAAGGCUGCCCAGGGCUGCCCGGAGCCCCCGGGCCCAAGGGAGAGGCGGGCGCCCACGGAGGGAGAGGAGAACGAGGACCCGCCGGAGCCCCAGGGAAGGCAGGGCCACCCGGGCCCAAAGGGGACCGCGGGGAGAAGGGGCCGCGAGGAGAGAAAGGGGAUGCUGGGCAGACGCAGUCGUGUGCCACAGGCCCACGGACCUGUCGGGAGCUGCUCAGCCAGGGCCACCUCCUGAGCGGCUGGCACACCAUCUACCUGCCCGACUGCAGGCCCCUGCCCGUGCUCUGCGACAUGGACACGGACGGAGGGGGCUGGACUGUUUUCCAGCGGAGGGUGGACGGCUCCGUGGACUUCCAUCGGGACUGGGCCUCGUACAAGCGGGGCUUCGGCAGUCAACUGGGGGAGUUCUGGCUGGGGAAUGACAACAUCCACAGCCUGACCGCCCAGGGCACCAGCGAGCUCCGCGUGGACCUUGUGGACUUCGAGGGCACCCGCCACUUUGCCAAGUACAGCUCGUUUAAGGUGGAGGGCGAGGCGGACAAGUACAAGCUGGUCCUCGGCGCCUUUGUCGAGGGCAACGCAGGUGAUUCUCUGACAUACCAGAACAACCACCCCUUCUCCACCAAAGACCAAGACAACGACAUUUCUGAUGAAAAUUGUGCUGUGCUGUACCACGGAGCCUGGUGGCACGCCUCUUGUCACUGGUCAAACCUGAAUGGUCUCUACCUCGGGGGGUCUCAUGGGAGCUUUGCAAAUGGCAUCAACUGGAAGACGGGGAAAGGGUACAACUACAGCUACAAGGUGUCGGAGAUGAAGGUGCGGCUCACGAGCUCGGGGCUCUGAGCAGGAGGUCCCCACGCACGCUGGCAGCAGGGGGACAUGUCCCUGAGGCCUCAAAAGGAAGGAAACCGGGGGAUCUUGGUCCUGGUGGGAGUGAAGGAGCUUCAGCCCGUUGCCGUGGGCCACGACCCGCAGAGCUGUGUAUCCCCCCGUCUGCAAGGCUGAGGGCCACCGUCACGCCAGACCUCGCUGCAACACGUCACCAAUAAAGACAUUCGCUUGCCUCACAGACAAACACAGGAUGCCUUUGCCAUUGCGUUGCCCCUUGCUGGUCACGUCCCCAUGGCUGUCCCAAUGCUGUUGCUGCCCUGUGGCCUGGCACUGCAGGUGGCUUAGAUGCCUCGGGGCUGAGAAAGUCUCUGACUGCCCGAGGCAGGCGUGGACAGAGCAGGACACGCGGUGCCUGUUUGCAAAUAAAAUGUUACUGCACACGGCCGUGCCCACGGCUGCCA